AUGGGCUGCCGCGCCCGCCUACUUUGGCUGCUGUUCUUUCUCGCUGCGAUUCUACCUGAAGCAGCUUGUUACAGGAAGGGCAUCAGAGGACCUGAAGCAAGGCUGGGGAAGGGACGGCCUAAGAGAAGCCCCGUCGAAGGCAUGUCUGGGGAACAGCAAGACGGGAAUGGCCAGGAGCCAGUGGCAAGACCCAAAGGUGAUGGAAAUCCAGCAACCAUAUUAUCAGUUCUGCCCGCUGCUAUCUCAACUCAGCCAUCUUCUAAACUUGCCUCAACUUCUACUGCAUCAGUUCUACCUGUGGUCAACUCUGCACCUGCUAGUCGAAGAGCACAUGUACCCAGGUUCAGCCUCCAAGGAGGCUGGGUCCCUGUGCGACUGGCCGGCAACCAUGGGAGCUGUGCGGGCCGUGUAGAGCUCUUCUACCAGGGAGUCUGGGGGACUGUGUGUGAUGACCUCUGGGACCUUCCGGAAGCAAACAUCAUCUGCAGGCAACUGGGGUGUGGAUGGGCUGUGUCAGCCCUGAGUGAAGCUUACUUUGGGGAAGGCUCUGGGAAGAUUCUCCUGGAUAAUGUGCACUGCAAGGGACACGAGGAGCAUCUGGAGGAGUGCUCCCACAUUGGCUGGUUCUCCCACAACUGUGACCACAGUGAAGAUGCCAGCGUCAUCUGUUCAGAUGCUGAAUAUGUAGCGACCACGCUAUCAGAUCCCCUAGUGGCUGCCAUGGAAGGAACAAUGGGUCCAGAAAAAUCUCGGUGUGGUGGAGUUCUUACCAAAGCACCUGGAAAAAUUAAGAAUCCCCCAAUGAACGAAAUGCACGACAACAUAACCUGUGUGUGGGAAAUCAAGGCCGGUGCCUCUGAUCACGUGCGGCUGGCGUUUCCAUCUCUUGACCUCGACUGCUCCAAUGAGUAUUUUGAAAUCCUAGAUGGCCCCCCGUCUUCUACAAAGUCCUUGGGGAAGCCCUGCAGUGGGUUUCACAUCACCUUUGCAUCCCACUCCAACUCAAUGACCCUCGUGUACUUCCGCAGCGAGAACAACAUUGGGAAAAAUUUCAUGGCUUAUUAUUAUUUUGAAGCCAAAGAGAUGACAUCGAAGACCCCAUAUCUGAUCACCAUCCCCACAGCAACUUCCAAGAUGGUAACAGAAAGACCAAGGGACUGGCCGGAGCUGCGGCUGGUGGGUGGCUCCAGUCGCUGUGCAGGGCGUGUGGAGAUCCUCUACCGGGGAGUCUGGGGCACUGUGUGUGAUGACCUGUGGGACCUGAAUGAAGCUGAGGUUGUGUGCAGACAGCUGGGGUGCGGUCAGGGUGUGUCUGCCCUUGGCAAGGCCUACUUUGGCCCUGGAUCGGGAGAUAUCUUCCUAGACAACCUCCAGUGUGCUGGGGUGGAGCGCUUCCUUGGCCAGUGUGCCCAUUCUGGCUGGUCAGACCACAACUGUGGCCACCACGAAGAUGCUGGUGUCGUCUGCUCAGAUGCUGAAAAACCUCUGUCAGACCUUCCAGGGAACUGGCCAGAGCUUCGCCUGGUGGGUGGCCCCAGUCGGUGCUCAGGACGAGUGGAGAUCCUCUACCAGGGAGUCUGGGGCACUGUGUGUGAUGACCUGUGGGGUUCAAACGAAGCUGAGGUUGUGUGCCGACAGCUAGAGUGUGGCCAGGCUGUUUCUAGUCUCGGUGAGGCUUACUUUGGCCCAGGCUCAGGAGACAUCUUCCUGGACAACCUUCAGUGUUCUGGGAUGGAACAUUACCUCGGCCAAUGUCCACAUUCGGGAUGGUCGGAACACAACUGUGGCCACCACGAGGACGCUGGUGUCAUCUGCUCAGAUUCAGAUGGCGCCCCUCCACUCAUGCCACCAGGCACUCCUCUAACUUCUCAGGAUCCAACAACAGGAGAAAGCAACUCUUGUGGAGGAGUCAUUUCCAGUCUCUCUGGUUCAUUUUCGAGUCCACAGUACCCACAAAACUACCCAACAGACAUCCAAUGUGUUUGGGAGAUUCAUGUGGAGAAAAACUCCCGCAUAGAACUUAUGAUUCCAAAUUUGAACCUGGAAGAUAUCAUUGGAUGUCCUUAUGACUCAAUUGAGAUCUUCGAUGGCCCCAGAAUUGCAUCGCUCUCCAUGGGAAAGUUCUGUGCCCCAUCAGCUGUGGUAUUUUUCUCCUCCUCAGACAUCUUGACAGUGGUUUUCCGAAGUGAUUAUAUGACAACAAACACUGGUUUUUAUGCUUUUUUCAAUGCAAUUCCACAAGAUGGAAGGGAGUCAGAAGACAGGCCAGUGCUGCGGCUGUCAGGCAGCUCCAGACGGUGCUCAGGACGCGUGGAGGUACUCCACCAGGGGGCUUGGGGCACCGUGUGUGAUGACUUGUGGGACCUGAGUGAAGCUGAGGUCGUGUGCAGACAGCUAGGGUGUGGCCAUGCCAUUGCUGCCCCUGGAAGUGCCUACUUUGGCCCAGGCUCUGGAAAUAUCCUUCUGGACAACCUUCAGUGUUCAGGAAAGGAGAACCACUUUGGCCAGUGCCCAAGCUCUGCCUGGCUAGACCACAACUGUGGCCACGACGAGGAUGCUGGAGUUAUCUGCUCAGAUGCAGAGGGGACUCCUUCACCCCCAGAAGGAAGCGACUCAUGUGGCGGUGUGAUUUCAAGUCUCUCAGGCUCCUUCUCCAGUCCUUGGUAUCCUACUAACUACCCCACUGACACGGAGUGUGUCUGGGAGAUACACGUGGCGGAGAAUUUCAACAUAGAGCUGACAAUCCCCAGCCUGAAACUGGAGGACAUCUAUGGGUGCCCUUAUGACUUUGUCGAAGUGUUUGAUGGACAUCAAGUUGCCUCACUCUCCAUGGGCAAAGUCUGUGCUGGGGCAGAACUCACAUUCCUCUCCUCUUCAAACUUCCUGACAGUGGUGUUUAAAAGUGACGCUAUGAUCACCAACACAGGCUUCUAUGCGUUGUACAACACCGUUCAGCAAGAUGAAAGGCAAAAUGGUAUGGCCUUGAGACUGGUGAAUGGCAGCCACAGGUGUGAGGGCCGAGUCGAGAUCUCCUACAACGGUACCUGGGGCACGGUGUGUGAUGACAGCUGGGACCUGGCAGAUGCCCAGGUGGUGUGCCAGCAGCUGGGCUGCGGAAAGGCUGUGGCAGCCCCGGCUGGGAGCCACUUUGAUAAAGGCGUGGGCCGCGUUGUGCUGGACGAUGUGCAGUGCAUGGGGGACGAAGCCAAGGUUUGGCAAUGCACACACCGCGGAUGGUUCUCCCACAACUGUGGGCACCAUGAGGACGCCAGCGUGGUCUGUUCAGGUAUUGAUAAGACACCAAGCGGCGGACCGGCAGACGAAAAUUUCCAUUGCGGUGGUUUGCUCACAAAUAGUUCAGGCUCCUUCUCCAGCCCUUGGUAUCCUAAAAAAUAUCCCACAAAUGUGGUAUGUGUCUGGGACAUACAAGUGGACACCAGCGCUCACAUCAGACUCUCCUUUGAAGUGGUCAAGAUGGAAAACUUCUAUGGCUGCCCUUACGACUUCAUUGAGAUUUUUGAUGGCCCACAGAGUGAAUCAUUUUCCCUGGGGAGAUUCUGCUCAGAAACCACCCCGGUAUUUACCUCUUCUUCGAGCCACAUGAGCGUGGUGUUCCACAGUGAUGAAAUUGUCACCAACAUCGGAUUCCUUGCAUCUUACGAGUCUCUGUUGCAAGACGAGAAAGACACUGAUGUGGUACUCAGACUAGCCAGUGGCAGCCACCCAUGUGAGGGCCGUGUGGAGCUGCACUACAAUGGCAGCUGGGGCACGGUGUGUGAUGACAGCUGGGACCUGAGGGAUGCCCAGGUGGUGUGCCAGCAGCUGGGCUGCGGUGGGGCGGUAGCAGCCACUGGCCGAGCACAUUUUGAACGAGGCCGAGGCCCCAUCGUCCUGGAUGAUGUGGAGUGCAUGGGAACGGAGGCCAGACUGUGGCAGUGUCUGCACGGUGGCUGGUUUGCCCACAACUGUGGCCACCAUGAGGAUGCUGGCGUCAUCUGCUCAGGCUCUCUGUCCCACGCAACAGCAUCAUUUCCUGAGAGUGAUAUGAUUUCAGCAUUGGUAGAGAAGCAGCCAGAAGGGCCCACAUCAGCAGGUCUGGACCUGCGGCUGGUGAAUGGGACAAACAGGUGUGAAGGCCGAGUUGAAGUGUACCAUGACAACACCUGGGGUACUGUGUGUGAUGACAGCUGGUCCAUAGAGGAUGCCCACGUGGUCUGCAGACAGCUCGGCUGCGGUACAGCUUUAUCGGCCCUGCCAGGCACCAGCUUCAGCCCUGGGUCAGGAAGCAUCAUCCUUGAUGAUGUCAACUGCACAGGAAAGGAGUCUUCCCUGGCACAGUGCCCUCACAGAGACUGGCACACCCACAACUGUGGGCACCAGGAAGAUGCUGGUGUCAUCUGUUCAGAUUCUUCAGCCAACAGACAUCCAGCCACUUCAGCUCCUGAGGAACAUCUACAUGGUUUCCAUCCAAUAGAUCUGCUGCUGGUGAGACUGGCUGGUGGGAGAAGCCACUGUGAGGGCCGCGUAGAAGUCUAUUUCAAUGGGACCUGGGGGUCUGUGUGUGAUGAUCUUUGGAGCAUACAGGCCGCUCAAGUGGUAUGUCAGCAACUGGGCUGUGGGGGGGCCCUGGCAGCCCCCAGGAGCAGUCUGUUUGGCGACGGGUCUGGCCCCAUCUUCCUAGACGACGUGAGGUGCUUGGGCACAGAGACCAACCUGGGGCACUGCCACCACCUUGGCCUGUCUGUGCACAACUGUGAGCACCAUGAGGAUGCAGGAGCCAUCUGUACAGCUGUUGGUGUUGCUUCGGCAUUGGCAGAAGUGGCUCCCAGAGUUGACCAGCUCAUGAUCAGGUUGGUGGAUGGAAAGAACCGAUGUGAAGGGCGAGUGGAAGUCCAUCACAAUGGCACAUGGGGCACUGUUUGUGAUGACCUUUGGGACAUCGAGGAUGCCCAGGUGGUAUGCCGGCAGCUGGACUGCGGGGAGGGUGUCAGCGCCCUUGGGAGUGGCCAUUUUGGAGAGGGCAUGGGGAGCAUCUUCCUGGAUGACGUGAAGUGCCAGGGCACUGAGACCUCGCUAGGCCGCUGCCACCACCAAGGAUUGUCUGUCCACAACUGUGGCCACCAUGAAGACGCUGGUGUUAUCUGCUCAGCAUCAGCGACAGAAAUGACAACGUCAUCCGGUAGUACUUCUUUCUUUACUGUUUUCUCUGAGUCAGUUCACAUUUCAAGUCCAGCGACGGUUUUGAUCCAUGCAACUGGCAUCACUCCCACUCUGGUAGAAGUAACUCCCUCACCUGAUGAGGGCCUCUGCCCACCACACUGCACAGGUGGCCACUGGGGUGGCUGCCAUGACAGUGGGGCUAUAAUGAGGACAAGCUUGAGAGUGGUUGUCACUGUCUUUGGGCAGAGUGCCUCAUCAAACCAGACCCAGCACCACGAACAAGGUGGCGGGAGGAUCAGUAGAGAUGUGGGAGCUCCUUGGCCAGCCACAUCAACAGAAUCAAGCCCUCCAAAUGAAGCACCUUCAGUCUCAGCAGAAGAGGCCACGUCUUCCGUUGCAGCUUCAGCCUCAGAUGAAGGUGAAACAUCCUCAGAUGUAUCUUCGUCCACAGAAGUGACCUCCUCUGACAUUUCUUCAACCUCAGCAGAAACAAGUUCUUCAAAUGAUGCAUCUUCAGCCUCAGCAGAAGAGACCUCCUCUGAUAUGUCUUCAACCUCAGCAGAAGGGAAGAGUGGAGAGCCAACUGAUGCAUCUUCAGCUUCAGCAGACUAUACUUCCUCUGAUGCAUCUUCAGUCUCUGCAGAAGGUACCUCCUCUGAAACUUCUUCAUCCUCAGCAGAAUCAAGCUCUCCAAAUGGCAUUUCUUCAACCUCAGCAGAAUCAAGCUCUCCAAAUGAUGCCUCUUCAGCCUCAGCAGGAGAGACCUCUUCAAAUGAGUCUUCAGUCUCUGUAGAAGAUACCUCCUCUGCUAUUUCUUCAUCCUCAGAAGACGCAAGCUCUUCAGAUGAUGUGUCUUCAGCCUCCGGAAAAGGAAGGAGCGGAGAGCCAGCUGACGGGUCAACCUCUGCGGAAGAAGAAACAUCCUCAGAUACAUCUUCAGUCUCGGCAGAAUCAAGUUCUACAUCCGAUACCUCUUCAACCUCAGCAGAAGAGACGAGCUCCUCUGAUACUUCCUCAACCUCAGCAGAAGUAAGCUCUCCAAAUGCCAUUUCUUCCCCCUCAGCAGAACUGACCUCUCCAAGUGACACAGUUUCAACAUUGACAAAAGUGACUCCGUCACCUGACCUGCCUCUGCGUCUGGUCGGCGGGCCGAGCCGCUGUGAGGGCCGUCUGGAGGUGCGGCACCAGGGCGUGUGGGGAACCGUUUGCGAUGACCGCUGGAACAUCAAGAGCGCCCGAGUGGUGUGCCGCCUCCUGGGCUGCGGUCCCGCGCUAGGCGCCCCUGGCAGAAGCCACUUCGGGCCCGGCACAGGCCCCAUCCUGAUGAAUGAAGUGCGCUGCUCGGGCAGGGAGGACUCCCUGGAGAGCUGUGCCCAUGCCGGCUGGACAAGGCACAACUGCCACCACCGCGAGGAUGCCAGUGUGGUCUGUGCAGGUCCAUCAGACUCUCUUGUGCCCAAGGAAAAUGCUUAUCUGUCCUGCUUGCCUCACCUCUUCCAAGCUGUCAUUGACCGAGGCUAUCUCCGGAGACUAGGCUACUCCUCCUGGGACAUCCACUUAAAUGAUAAGAUGUGUCGCCCCCAAGUCACUGGGCGUUACCUCAUCUUCAGUAUUCCUUAUGGCCACUGUGGCACCAUCAGGCAGGACCACCAAGGCUCUCUCAGCUACUCCAACUCCAUCAGAGGCAGAACACAAGGCCACCCUGGCCGAGUCAUUGUGAGGCACAGGGUACCCCAGGUGAAGUUCACCUGCAAAGUGGAUGGCCAGUCUGCCGUUGAAAUUGUGCACCAGAGUGACGCUAAGAAGGAGGACGUCGGCUAUGACGUAUCCAUCUCAUUCCUCCAAUCACCUGCAUCUCAGAACAUUGGGGGGAGAAACCCCCCUUAUGCCAGUCAGAGGGAAGAGGUCUUCCUCCAGGCCACCCUCCACAGCCACAAUCCCAAUCUGAGGCUCGUUGUGGACACCUGUGUGGCUUCUCCUGACGCCAGUGAUUUCACAACCGUCAAGUACGAUUUGAUCCAGGAAGGAUGCAUCAAAGACAAUUCCUACUCCAACCUCCGGACCCCUGAGAAGAACGUGGCCCAGUUCAAGUUCAACGCCUUCAGCUUCCUCAAAAGCUACGAUGUGGUCUACCUGCAGUGUAAGGUUGCUAUUUGCCGGAUCGGGGACCGCUCUUCCCAAUGCUCUCAAGGCUGUACUCGGCGGGAAAGGAGAGGCGCAGGCUCGCCAGAGGUCAGAGAAGAACAAACGGAGUAUUUCCGAACAGUGGGACCACUGAAGAUCCACAGAGCAGUUACUCAGAGCGAGGCCCUGGUGUGAUCUCUCCAGCUCUCACAUGAGUGUGUCAGAAAACUGGAAUCGGGUCUUUUUCUUACCAGGAAGCCAGACAUUGACUGCAAGUGUCUACACUCUCCAUGCAGGCGGGUGGAAGAACCUGGGGUUGGUUAAUCUCUAGCACUCACUUCCAAGGUGGUUGCUCUGUUUGUAGGCUAAAAUAAUGCUGAUUUUGUUAUUAUUCUUCACUCUUAAGAACUUGAUCAUUGUCUUAAAAAUGUACAGAACAUUAGAAAAAGCAGGAUUGUUUCUCUUUACCUUGUGGCCAACUAAAGAUUGUUUUUAAAUCUCUACUACUUACUAUUUGGAUGCUGGUAGGUAGUUGGGCCUCUUUCUGUUCUUUUGGGAAUGUGAAAAUUCAUUUCCAGACCUUGCCAGUAAUCCUGUAAAUAAUAAUAAUAAUAAUAAUAAUAAUAAUAAUAAAUAAAAUGUUUUC